GACAUCACCCAUUACAGCAAGAAGAAGAAUGCAAUGGUUGACGAAACAUCUGCUAUGAACUUAAGCAUGAUGAAGGAGAAAAAGUUGGAAUCUGAAUCCAGUGGUGCAAAUAGGACUGAAGAAGACAUUUCCAUUGAAGUAACUGGACGUGUAACCGGAUACGUACAUGGCCGUGGUCCCUCCAAAGCUGGAAUAAUUGCCCAAAAGCUUGCAGAGAUAGAUGAUUUCAAGAAAAGAGCAGAACAAGCGGAGAAGCGCUCAGCUGAGUUGGAAAUAACAGUCCAAUCUCAACAACAACUUAUGGAGAAGCUUGUGAACCAGCAAAGUGAAAUGCAGAACCAACAAAGUGAAAUGCAAGAUCUCCUUAAAUCUUUGAAAGCACAGCUGCAAGCCAACAAGUAAGACGAUGAAGGCACAUCUGAACGAACUGAUUGAUAAAUUGCUCAUUUUGGAGGUUUCAAAGAAGAUUAGCAGUACGGCUUACAUGUCGGCUCAAAAACUGUGGUUAUAGUGCUGUCUUAAGUUUAGAAAAUGUUUCAGAAGCACAGGAUAUGUUUUGGGACUUGGAAUAUGUUUUUUAGUGCAGCCUUGACUUAUAUGAGUAGUAUUUGUUCUACUCAAACUUAUGAAACUAUUUGUACUAUGAUGUUGCACUUAUUUAUGACAUUUGAAUAUUUAAUAUAUUAU